CAACUUAAGAAUCCACAAACUGGGAAAGACUGCUCUUUUGAGUCAGAGCAUAUAUGGAUUGGUUUGAAAAUGGGAUAGAUAUAGAGAAAUUUACUUCUUCUGAUUGGCAAUAUAUUCCCUUUCCUCACCAGGAUAAAAUUGUUAAGUGGGUUAAAAUGAUUCAGUUGCCAAGAUGGUUUUGGCUUAUGCUUUCAGUCUUUUCAGUGGAAUUUCCACUUCAUUCCUACCACGUGAAUUCAGUAAUCAAAAACAUUUUGUAGCUCCCGCAGAAGUCUAUGACCAGCUCAGGAUUUCAAAGCCCCUCCAAUCUAAUGAAGAUGAAUUGCUUAAAAUCCCAAUUCAUUUCCAUUUCUCUCCACCUCAACCAGAAAGCUUAAGAAGUGGGACUGACAUCAAAAAGCAUACCCAUCUAUCUGAUCGCUUAGAAGAACACUCUCUGCACAAGAGAGCCAUCAACUGGAAUAGAGUGAUCGAACACCGGCCAGCUCUCUCUCAAAUCAUCGUGAUUGGCUGUACCUCCAUUGGGUUCGCUCUGGCCGGGGGACUGGCAGUUUGGUACUGGAUCUGUAAACAGCUAGCAAAGGAAGAAGAAGAGGAACCUACUUCACUUCAGGAUAAGCUUUCAUUUUGGAAAAGUAACAAGAAAAAGGAAGAAAAAGAAGAUGAUGAAGCAGCUCAUUUACUUCCAUCAAAUCAGGAUGAAACAGAAAGUGUCAUCCUCUCAGUUUUGAAAUCUGAAAUGGAGAAAAAGAAAAAAAAAAGAAGAGAGAGGAAAAAGGAAAAAAAGAAUGAUUACUCAGACAAAGAUCCUACAUCCAGAGGGGGGAUCAUAACAUCAGAGCUGGUAAAAGUAAAAUCACGAAAAGCAAAGCAUGAAAAACAAAUCAAAAAAUUGGCAAGGAAAAUGAAACAUUUAAAAAAGAAGAUGGAACGAGAAAAAGGAAGAGAACAAAUAAAUAAGAGUUUUAGCACCGAGGUUUCUGAAAACAAGACCCCGUAAGGAACGGAAGCAAACUGGAAUCAACAGUAACGCAACUGGAACUGGAACGUGAGACAAAAUGAAAAUCAAAGUGGAGGGAUAGGAAGGAAAAUAAAUAUAUUGUAUGAGGCAAUAACUUUUUAAAAAUAUUACCUUUUCUGAAUAACAAAGAACCAAGUGGAAACAGCA